AUUGUAACCAAAUUUGUGUUCUGUAACGAAGAAUUUCUUUCGAAAUUUGAAGGAAUUUAGUUGUGUGUUUGUAUGUUAUAAGAGGCGUGCAUAAUUGCUUUGAACCGAAAAUUUAAAUAACAAUAUACUCAACUUAAGUCUCAUGCUUCAUUGUGAAACAAUAAGAGCUGUCACAAACAAAUUGGUUUCGCUAUGCAGUUUGUCUGAUUACCGUUUCCAGAAAUGCUUAAUGAUAGCAUGCAUGGCCAUCUCUUUGAGUUCUUUUGUAUUAACGAAAGAUAAAAGUCAAAUUCAGGAUAAAGGAAAUACUAAGAGUAUAAUACUGUAGUAUAUAUCUAUUUGGUCGCUAUAUGUAAGUGAUGUCCAGCGCUGUGUAGCCGCUGACGUCAAGCACUGCAUGAUAAGUGCGUCACUCGUAAUUCCCAGCAUUCAUGACGUCAUGGUACUGUUAAUUGGCAAUUAUCUGCGAAUUAAUUAAGAUCACGUAAAGCAAAACAUCCACACUAUAAUUUCUUUAUAAUUUUCGUAUAAUGGCCGAAUCUUUGGUUGAAAGCAAUGAGACCGUUGUCAAGAAUGAAGAUGACAACCAAAGCACAAUUCUGGAUAAAGAAACUGGAAUUGAUUCGGAAAAAGACAAGCUUUCUAAAAGUGAAAACGACAGCGCAACUUGUGAAAAUAAUUUGAAGGACGGUAUUGCAGAAUCAAAUGUUGUUUGUGCUCCAGAAGACAUUGAAGGGAAGGAGAAUGAAGACAAAGAACAAACGAGCGGAGAUUUGAAGAAAGAGGAACCAAACGUAAACUUAGACCAAGACGAAAGCAAAGAAUUGAAAGAUGAUAGCGCAACGAAAACAGCAGCUGCAGCCAGUUCUGAAGUAGCUAUGAUAUCAAAUGAUGCAAAAGAUAAAGAAAGUGGCGAGCAAACUCAACAACAAGAAAAUAAAGAUUCAUCGAAAGACAAAGUCAACAUUGAAAACAAAUCUACUGAAGAGAAUGUUGAAAGAGAGAAUGCGGAAGCAACGCAUCAGGAUACGAUCUCGGCUGGUGAAAAACUCGACGACCAAAAGGAAACUCAGAACGAUGUAAAAGUCAGUAACGGCGACGAAACUGACGAGAGCAAAGGUGUUGAGAAAAAUGCUUUGCAAGACGUUGACAACGAUGUGGACAAGGAUUCGGAAAAUACGAAGAACCUUGGAACUGGUGUUGAAGCUAUAACCAACGAAAACAGCGAUACAAUAUCAACAACAAUUGAGGAACGUACAACAACAAUCCCAGAUGACAAAUCUCACGAGGAUGAGGUAACAACGAAAGAAGAGGAGAACAGAGUAGAUGAUAAAGAUGGAGAGAAACCAAAUGAUGACGAUACCAUUCAUGAACCAGAUGAUGACGAUACCAUUCAUGACUCAAUGGGCACGGCUAAGGUUGAAGAUCAUAGUGAUUCAGCCGAAAAUGCUAGUCAGAAUAAAGAGGAAUCUGAAGUUGUCGAAGGUACGAAUACCCAGGAGGACAGCAGCAAGCCAAACAUAUCCCCAACCAGCACGGAUGAAACUGUGGGCGCAGCCCCAGAAAACACUGAGGGGGAGCAAAACUUGAGCAAAGACAGUGGCGAUGAUAAAUAUGUAUCUUCUAAUGACAAUGAAAAAUGUGUCGAAAACAAUGAUAAGACUGAAGUACCAAUAAGCGAGGAACCAAGCGGAGAUGGUACCACAACAGGAACUGAAAGGAGUGUUGAAGAUAGUGAUAAGCCUGAAGUACCAGUAAGCGAGGAACCAAGCGGAGAUGGUACCACAACAGGAACUGAAAGGAGUGUUGAAGAUGGUGAUAAGACUGAAGUGCCAGUAAGCGAGGAACCAAGUGGAGAUGGUACCACAACAGGAACUGAAAGGAGUGUUGAAGAUAGUGAUAAGACUGAAGUACCAGUAAGCGAGGAACCAAACGGAGAUGGUACCGGAACAAGAACUGAAAGGAGUGUUGAAGAUAAUGAUAAGACUGAAGUACCAGUAAGCGAGGAACCAAGCAGAGAUGGUACCACAACAGGAACUGAAAGGAGUGUUGAAGAUAGUGAUAAGACUGAAGUACCAGUAAGCGAGGAACCAAGCAGAGAUGGUACCACAACAGGAACUGAAAGGAGUGUUGAAGAAAGUGAUAAGACUGAAGUACCAGUAAGCGAGGAACCAAGCGGAGAUGGUACCACAACAGGAACUGAAAGGAGUGUUGAAGAUAGUGAUAAGCCUGAAGUACCGGUAAGCGAGGAACCAAGCGGAGAUGGUACCACAACAGGAACUGAAAGGAGUGUUGAAGAUGGUGAUAAGACUGAAGUGCCAGUAAGCGAGGAACCAAGUGGAGAUGGUACCACAACAGGAACUGAAAGGAGUGUUGAAGAUAGUGAUAAGACUGAAGUACCAGUAAGCGAGGAACCAAACGGAGAUGGUACCGGAACAAGAACUGAAAGGAGUGUUGAAGAUAAUGAUAAGACUGAAGUACCAGUAAGCGAGGAACCAAGCAGAGAUGGUACCACAACAGGAACUGAAAGGAGUGUUGAAGAAAGUGAUAAGACUGAAGUACCAGUAAGCGAGGAACCAAGCGGAGAUGGUACCACAGCAGGAACUGAACGGAGUGGCGAAGAUAGUGAUAAGACUGAAGUACCAGUAAGCGAAGAGCUAAGUGGAGAUGGUACCACAACAGGAACUGAAAGGAGUGUUGAAGAUAGUGAUAAGACUGAAGUACCAGUAAGCGAGGAACCAAGGGGAGAUGGUAACUUUGAAAACCAAGAGAGUCAGGAUAAUGGUAAAUUAGAUGAGAGCAGUGAUAAAACUAUAAUUGAUGAUUCCGCAAAGACUGAAACAACGACUGCAUUAGAUGACAACAAGACACCCACAGCUAUCACAGAACAGAAUGGUGAGAAAGACAUCGAUUUACAAGACCUAACCAAUGAUUCAGAUAAAGUGUUAUCCCCCGAGAGUCAAGACAACACUGUCGAAACUGGUCUGAUGGGAGAAUCUUUGAACUUUAACGAUGAAGGUAUAAAGACGACUCAAGAUUCAGGAACACCUGUGAAACAGUUUAAUGAUGAAGGUGAAGGUACGAAGACCACUCAGGAUUCCAGUGAAGAUUCAGGAGCACCCAUGAGUCAGUUGGAUGAGCAGAAAGGAGUAGAAUCUCAUCAAAUAGAUCAAAAUAUCGAAUACGAGGGAAAAGUGACAAGCAAAAGUGAUUUGAAUGUAGCAAAUGAUAACAAAGAUGUGAGGGGAUCUGAGGACAAAGAUGGAGAAAAAGAGGCAGCCAUUAUGGAAGUACCUGAGAAUAAGGACCCUGACGAAGAGACAGUCGUCACAGAAACAUCUGAGGAUAAACAUAGAGAAGAGGAUGGCAAUAUAGGAGUAUCUGAGGGUAAAAAUGAGUGGGACGAUGAAGGCGUUAUUGGAGUAGACAAGGAUAAAAGCAUACAAAACGUUGGAGAGUCAGAGAAUGAAGUUCUUGAAACUCUGAAGCAAUCCAAAGAUGAAAAUAUUGCCUGUGAGAAAUCUACUGUAGCCACUUCAACAACAGAGUCCGCACCAACAGAGCAACCAAGACAAUCGUCUCAGGAAAAAAUACCGAAGGAAAAGAAGAGUACAUUUGGAGAUCCAAUUGUUAUACUUGGUGCUUCUAUUGAAACUAAACAGGAGACAAGAGCAGAACCUAAAAGAAUGAAAAGCGAGAACAAAUGUGAUGUUUCAGCAACCAAGACACAAGCGCCAACACCUGCUACUGAAGUGAGUCAGAAUACGAAGCAGUCGGAGGUUAUUGAGAAACUGGCUGACAGUGCGGAAAAUAAGAACGAAGAGAACAGAAAUAAAGAAGAAGAUUUCGUAAUGAUUGAACACAAAGACGCUGAGAUGGAAAGGACUGAUGAAAGUGAUCAACUUCUCAUCUGUCAGGAAAGCAAAAGCGAAGAUGAUGUGGGUGACCGUAACGACGUCAGAGAGGAGGAGAAACCUGUAGAGGAAGGAACUAGUCAUGUAACCACUGCAGCACCGGUUGUAGCCGCUGAGAAACCUGUCAUUGAGGUCACAGCAGAGUUUUUGGAGCUGAUGGAAGGAUUCUGUAUGGCCGCUUCACAAGAGUUCCCCAGUGAUAUUAUUGACUUCGCAGCUCGUUAUUUUCAGAGGAUUCAUAAGAGACGCAUUGCUUUAAGAAAAUAUAGCAUUGAAGUUUCAGAUUUGGCUUUGCUCUCUGACGUCAACUGGGUCGGCAACAUAUAG